AAUUGUGAGUUGGAGGGGAGGCGGAGGAAAGACCAGAAGACGACGAUUUUCUUCUUCAGAUUAUCUCUCAACUUCUUCCACUUGUGAAUUCAGAUGUCAUCUUCCCCAAAGUCAAACUGAUUUCUUCUGCUCCCGAACUCUUUUCAGUUUCAUUCCCCAAUUCAUAAUUCUCCCACGCCCAACCGCUUUUCCGGUGCAUCGCCCGAUCCGUUAUCCGUUCUCCGAUCAGCGGGUCUGUGACGUCAUUAGCUGGUUUUGUUUUGCUUUUUGUGGGUUGUUGCUGGUUUCUUCUUGCAAAACAGCGUGCUCCUUUUAUUCGGUGGAAUCUACGCGUUCUUUGGGGCUGUGCCGAAGGGUGAUCUUUCGAUAUUGAUCCAGCAGAUUUGCUUGCAACAGGCUCAUAGCUUACUUGUGCUUAUUGAUUGGCUUGUAGAUGCAUCCUUUCUACACUUCAAGAAUAUCGGAUCUUUUCAAGCUAUCCUGUUUAUCAGACAUAUUUUGUUUGAUCAAAUUUGUAUAAGAAGAGUGAACUGGGUCCAGUGGUGUUUCAGUUGGGGCUAUAGAAACAAUUCAUCUUGCUGGUUUAAUAAUAGCGUUAACUGAUGUUUUGAUGGAGAUUUUAAUGUAAUCACAAUUAUUUUGGUGAUUAACAGUUGAACAAAAAUGGUGUCUAAAUUCAAACAGGCUGUCAUAUUUUUUCUAUUUUUCAUAGUGUUGUGUGGUUAUGCUAUAGCAGAGCAAGAAAAAGAAAUUCCACAAACAAUACGAGCUGCUCCACACAAGGAUGUAGGAAUUAAUGUUAUAGAUGGCACUGGUUCUAAGAAUGCUUUUAGUUCAGAGAGUACCAGUGAAAAGCUGGUUGAGAGGAAGGGUGGGAACAGUAGGGUGUCAGUGGCCACAGUUGCAUUGUUUACAUUGGCAAUGGCUGCUGCCACUGGUUUAGGUGCUCUACCAUUCUUCUUUGUGGAGCUUGAUCCCCAGUGGGCUGGAAUAUGCAAUGGAAUGGCUGCUGGAGUGAUGUUGGCUGCAAGCUUUGACCUAAUACAGGAAGGUCAAGAUCAUGGGAGUGGCAGCUGGGUUGUGAUUGGAAUUUUGUCUGGCGGCAUAUUCAUAUGGCUUUGUAAGAAGUUCCUUGAACAAUAUGGGGAAGUAAGCAUGCUAGACAUAAAAGGUGCAGAGGCAGCUAAAGUUGUUCUUGUUAUUGGAAUAAUGACUCUUCAUUCCUUUGGGGAGGGCUCAGGUGUUGGAGUCUCCUUCGCUGGUCCAAAAGGUUUAUCUCAGGGUCUUUUGGUAACUUUGGCCAUAGCCGUGCACAACAUACCCGAGGGUUUAGCUGUGAGUAUGGUGCUUGCAUCAAGGGGAGUUUCUCCUCAGAAUGCGAUGUUGUGGAGUGUAAUCACAUCAUUACCUCAGCCCAUCGUAGCAGUCCCUUCAUUCAUAUGUGCUGAUGCAUUUAACAAGUUCCUACCAUUCUGUACGGGCUUUGCUGCUGGAUGUAUGAUCUGGAUGGUCAUUGCUGAGGUUCUUCCUGAUGGAUUUAAGGAAGCCUCUCCAUCUCAUGUUGCAUCAGCUGCUACAUUGUCCGUAGCUUUUAUGGAAGCUCUCAGCACCGUGUUCCAAAAUUUCAGCCAUAGCUCAGAAGAUGUGUCUGGUUUCUUUGUUUCACUACUUUUUGGCCUUGGCCCAUUGCUUGGUGGCGUCGUUCUUGUUGCAUUUGCUCUGGCUUUUAGUCUUCAGCAUGCUGUGCUUACUGGUGUAGCCUCUGGCAUUGCCUUUGUUCUUGGUGCUUGGCGACCACUACAGCUGCUUCUAUCUUCAAAAAUGGGAAUUCUGCCGCUCUUGUUGCUGCUUGCGAUGGGAUCCGCAUCCACCCACAUUUCAACCUCCAUUGCUUUAAAAAAUGCAGGUCGCAAAAGGGCUUCAGUGAAUACUAUAUCUGCAGUAACAGGCUUUUCAGUGAGUGCCCUCACCCUCCAGUCAUUCUUGUCAUGCAUCACAAUUGCCUUCCAUGCUUUGGCCGAGGGGCUUGCACUCGGGGUGGCUGCACCAAAAGCCUAUGGACUUGGUCAGCACAUGGUCCUUCCUGUCUCGCUUCACGGACUGCCUCGGGGUGCUGCUGUGGCUAGCUGCAUCUUUGGAGCAACAAACAGCUGGCAUGGGUCCCUUGCGGCUGCCGCAAUGAUUGGUUUUAUGGGUCCAUUGUCUGCAAUUGGAGCAAUACUUGCACAAAUCGAUUAUAGUGGUCUCGACCACUUAAUGGUCUUUGCUUGUGGAGGAUUACUACCAAGUUUUGGGGGCAUAGUUAGCAGAGCUGUAAAAUUGGAUUCAAAGAAGAGCAGUUUUGGGAUCAUGGUGGGCAUGGGAUUUGCCAGUGUAUGCCUGAUGUGUACCAAGUUGGUUUGCUUGCACACACCUUACUGCAACUCAGCACCAGAGGCUGUCAGAUGAUAUUGCAUUGUGCUUAGAUUCGGGUCAAUGUCAUGUGAAAUUCAGUUGGGCAGCCAUGCUUUGGGACAUGCCCAUGCAAAAGGUUUGUACAAGUCAUGGCAGUAACCCCAUUGUUCUGCAAGAGAUUAAAUUUUGGAUGAGAAAAGAAACGAUUGAAUGGGGCAAAAGGUUUUCAAAAGCAUAUAUUAUACAUUUAUACCUUGAAAAAGAAUAGAAUUAUGGAUUUUCCUUGUGUAUAUUAGCUAUUGUUGCAUUUCGUGAUAUGGUUCUUCAUCGUCAUUCAUUGUUCUGUGACCCUUCAAUUCAAUAAAGAAAGACGACCGAAAGCCUCAAUUGGAGCUGAAAAA